AUGAGUGCUGACGAUCCUAAUCACCAUUUUAUUGUAAAGCCGUUCCCUGGAGCAACAGUCUCAGAUAUGGAGGAUUUUGUCAAGCCAUUGACAAGAAGGACACCGAACAAGAUGAUCUUACACGUCGGAACAAAUGACCUGAGAAGUCAUUCUACGCCGAAAAUAAUAGCAGACUCCAUUGUCAACAUUGUAACACAAAUAAAAGAAGAUUCACCAGGUACAGCCGUUGGCAUUUCAGCUAUUCUGGUAAGAAAUGACAAUAAUGACCUAGCUGCUAAAGCUAUUCAAACUAAUAAUAUUCUUAAAAGCUAUUGUAGUCUCAAUAGAAUCCCCUUUUUAAGUAAUUCAAAUAUGAAUGCAAGUCACUUAAAUAUGAGGGGUCUUCAUUUAAAUAGACAAGGUAGUUUAGCUUUACAACAAAACUUACUAGGUUUUGCAAAAACUAUUUCAGAUUGACUUUAUCCUACUCAGUCCGUUAUUCCUAACUCGCGCGGGUUUAAGCUCGCGGCACUUAAUGUGAGAAGCCUAGUAAAUCAUAUUGAUGAGCUGCGAGUUUUGCUUGCUACUAGCCCGAUCGAUGUCCUAACAAUAAAUGAGACAUGGCUUAAUUCUACAAUAAGCGAUAACGAUGUAUAUAUACCUGGAUACGAAAUCAUACGUCGUGACAGGGCAUUUAGAAGUGCAGAUGGAAAAACGUAUGGAGGUGUUUGUUUUUAUGUACGCUCCAGCGUAAAUUUCAUACAGCGUAAAGACAUGUCUAUUGAUAAUUUAGAAAAUCUAUGUAUUCAAAUUCAAAAACCAAAUUCUAAGCCAUUUCUCGUUGCGACAUGGUACAGGCCACCAAAUUCGAAUGUUGAUAAAUUUAAUUAUUUUGAGACAUUUAUUGACAUGCUUGAUGCUGAAAAUGUCGAGUACUAUUUAUUGGGUGACCUAAAUUGUGAUCUCGGGUCGCCUGAUUUAGAGAGUAAUUCGAGAUCAUUAAUAGGCAUUACUGAGCUCUAUGGUUUACAUCAAUUGAUAAGUGAACCGACUCGAAUUACUGAAACUUCCUCAACUAUGAUUGAUCAUAUAUUCACCAAUACACCAGAUAAAAUUGUUUGCUCCGGUGUUUCUCAUGUCGGUAUUAGUGUCACAGCUUAAUUUAUGCAUUCCGUAAGCUUUCAACCGGUCUACACAAUAAAGGCCAUUCUACAGUAAAUUAUCGAAAAUUUAAAAAUUUUAACUCUGAAAGUUUUCGAAGUGAUAGUUUUUCACUGAAUUGGGACGUCAUAAGGUUGUAUAAUAAUCCGAAUGAUAUGUGGCGUGUGUGGAAAACGACCUUUAAUAACGUAGUGGAAAUGCAUGCUCCUUUACGGACAAGGCGGGUAAGACUUUCUAAGUCGCCCUGGAUCACGCCUGAGUUAAAAAGACAUAUGCAUGAAAGAGAUAUUUUAAAAAUCAAGGCUAUUCGAUCUAAAGAUAUUUAUGACUGGGCUGCUUUUAAGAAAGCUCGCAACUCUGUGAACAAUGAAAUUAAAUUUGCGAAGAAAGCCCAUUAUAUGAAUGCUUUUUAUGAAAACGAGAGUAAUGUGAAAAAAACUUGCGGUAUUAUUAAUGAAUUAACCUCAAGAAAACAAAAUAAUUCACAUGUAAAAGAGAUUAAACUUAAUGGUUCUUCAGUUAGUGACCCCCCGGGGUUAUCAGAGACGUUUAACACUCAUUUUGCUAGCAUUGGACCUAAGCUUAUGGAGAAGAUACCUUGUGAUGAAAAUAACUGCUCAUAUUUAGAAUAUCUCAAUUGCCAUAUUGGUGGUAAUACUUUUGAGUUGAAGUCGACAACUUCAUCAAUGGUGUGUUCACUUUUGGACAAACUCUGUAAAUCUAAAGCAACUGGCCUAGAUAAAAUAUCUGCUAAGCUGCUUCGCUACUGUCCUGACCUACUGUUGGAAUCCCUUACCGUAAUUUUCAAUUGCUCUAUUAAUACCGGUAUCUUUCCUGAUGAAUGGAAAUGCUCAAAAGUCAUUCCAUUAUUUAAACACGGUGAGCGUAGGGACUUGAAUAAUUAUCGCCCAAUUUCGGUAAUCCCUGUUGUAGCGAAGGUUUUCGAGCGAAUUAUUUAUGAUCAAAUCUAUGCCUUUCUUACUGACAACAAUUUACUAUGUAAUAGCCAGUCAGGGUUUCGAUGUCUACAUUCAACUGUCACCGCGCUUCUUGAGUCCACCAAUAACUGGGCAUACAACAUUGACCAAGGCCGAGUUAAUGCUGUAGUUUUCCUAGAUCUUAAGAAAGCGUUUGACACAGUUAACCAUGGAAUUUUACUAUCAAAACUGAAUGUGUAUGGUCUUGGGGGUGCUGUGGGUAAUUGGUUUAAGUCUUAUCUAAGUGACCGCAGUCAAAAAUGCUAUGUUAAUGGUCAUCUUUCUAACAAUCGUACGUUACUCUGUGGUAUUCCACAGGGGACUAUUUUAGGACCAUUGUUAUUUUUACUGUAUAUAAAUGACUUACCAAAUUGCCUUGAGCACUCCCAAGCACGAAUGUACGCGGAUGAUACUAAUUUAACAUUUGCAGGUAACAAUAUUGACGACAUAAAUUAUCACCUUAAUCAUGACCUUGCAAAUGUGAACAAAUGGCUUAUCGCCAAUAAGCUUGCUCUAAAUCAAUCCAAAACUAAAUUUAUGCUAAUUGGCUCACGACAAAGAAUAGCCACAUUUCGAUCAGUUCCAUGUUUAGAAAUAGACGGGGUUCCUAUUGACAAGGUUUUACAAGCAAAGUCUCUCGGAGUGUACCUUGAUGAGAAUCUAUCUUGGAAUAUACAAAUUAAUGAAUUAACAAAAAAGAUUGCUUCUGGUAUUAACGCUUUAAAACGUGUUCGAUCAUUUGUCCCAGUCGCAACAUUGCAAUUAAUUUUUAAUUCCUUGGUUCAGCCAUAUUUCAAUUACUGUUGCACAGUUUGGGACAAUUGCAAAAAAACCCUAGCUGAAAAACUUCAAAAACUACAAAAUCGUGCAGCAAGAGUACUAACAUUCUCCAGUUAUGACACUAAUGCUGAUGGUUUAAUUGAGAAACUUGGCUGGAAAAAAUUAUCAUCCCAGCGCCAGUUUCAAAAAGCUGUCAUGGUCUAUAAAUCAUUAAAUGGUCUUGCUUCUGAUUACAUGCAUUCCAUGUUUGUAAACCGUGACAGUGUUAAUCCUUAUUCGCUGAGAAACACUGAGAACAAACUAGCUGUUCCCAAGCCCCGCACGAACUAUCUCAAGAAUAGCUUUAGCUAUAGUGGUGCGGUGCUGUGGAACAGUCUUCCGAUUGGGCUACGGCAAGCAAAUAACUUGAUAAAUUUCCGAUCGGGCUGUGCCAAAUUAUUUUAACUUUCCUUGUAUAUAUUGUUAUAUUAGCUUAGUACACGGCCCUCAUGAAAAGCAGGUAUUAUAUUUUCUAUUUACUUUAGCGUGGUUCUACUUUUGUAAUUUAUCUAAUUUAGUUUGUUGCAUGUUAAAUCCUGAUGAGAAUACCGUGUGUAAAUAAAGUUUUAAUAAUAAUAAUAAUAAUAAUAAUUCAACAGGCAUUUACAAUAAAGGUCAUUCUACCGUGACAUAUAGAAAAUUUAAAAACUUUGACCUUGAUAGUUUUCGGUCUGACAUUUGUGCACAGAAUUGGACUGCUGUAAACAACUUUAACGAUCCAAAUGAUAUGUGGCGGGUUUGGAAAAACACAUUUAAUAAUGUUGUUGAAAAGCAUGCUCCUUUACGCACGAGGCGUGUCAGAUCUUCUAAGUCACCGUGGAUAACGCCUGAAUUAAAACAACAUAUGCACAAAAGAGAUAUUCUAAAAGUUAAGGCUAUUCGUUCAAAAGAUCCUAAUGACUGGGCUGCAUUUAAGACGUUCCGAAACUAUGUAACAAAUGAAAUUAAACUUGUUAAAGAAACUCAUUAUCAGAACGCAUUUCAUCAAAACAAACAAAAUAUGAAAAAGACUUGGGGAAUUGUAAACGAACUUACUUCAAGGAAGCAAUUUAGUUCACAAGUCAAGGAAGUUAAAACAAAUGGUUCCUUAGUCAGUGAACCUAAUGAGUUAUCCGAGGUGUUCAAUGAUCAUUUUGCUAGUAUAGGCUCUAAGCUUGCUCAGAAAAUUCCCUAUAUUGGUAAUGGUGGUACACACCUUGUUUACUUGCCAAGUCAAUCUAAUGAUAAUUUUCGACUAAAUACAACUAGUCCGUCGGUGGUUGGUACCCUCUUGUCUAAACCUUGUAAAUCUAAAGCCACGGGUUUGGAUAAGAUAUCAGCCAGAUUACUUUGCGAUUGUUCCGACCUAAUAGCCGAUUCAAUAUGUGCAAUUUUUAACUGUUCUAUUAACUCUGGCACAUUCCCCAACGAAUGGAAAUGCUCAAAAGUCAUUCCAUUAUUUAAAAAGGGAGAGCGUAGGCAUUUAAAUAACUAUCGCCCAAUUUCUAUAAUUCCAGUGGUGGCGAAAGUUUUUGAGAGAAUUAUUUAUGAUCAAGUUUAUGCCUAUCUUAUGGAUAAUAACCUCUUAUCUAAUUGCCAGUCAGGGUUUCGAACUCUUCAUUCCACUGUCACCGCACUUCUUGAGGCUACUAAUAACUGGUCUUACAAUAUUGACCGAGGCAACGUUAAUGCCGUCGUUUUCUUAGACCGCAAGAAGGCGUUUGAUACUGUUGAUCAUGCAAUAUUGCUGUCAAAGUUAAGCGUAUAUGGUUUUGGAGGUUCUACAGGCAACUGGUUUAGGUCCUACUUAAAUGAUCGCAAUCAAAAAUGUUAUGUCAAUGGUCAUCUGUCUAGUCAACGCGUAUUGCCUUGCGGUAUCCCGCAAGGGACUAUCUUAGGACCUUUGCUUUUCCUUAUCUACAUUAAUGAUUUACCAAAUUGCCUGACACAUUCCCAUCCACGUAUGUACGCUGAUGACACUAAUUUAACAUUCGCUAGCAAUAAUGUUGAUGACAUGGACUAUAAGCUUAAUCAAGAUCUUGAUAAUGUCAAUAAAUGGCUCAUAGCCAAUAAGCUAACUCUCAAUCAAUCUAAAACAGAGUUCAUGCUAAUUGGGUCAAGACAAAAAUUAAGCACGUUACACUCGGCCCCUUCCUUAGCAAUCAAUGGAGAGAUUCGCCAAGUUUCUCAAACGGAGUCCCAUGGGAUGAAGCUUGAUGAAAACCUGUCUUGGAAUGCCCAUAUCAAUGAUUUAAUAAAAAAGAUUGCUUCUGGUAUUGGUGCUUUGAAACGUGUACGUUCUUUUAUUCCGGCUACAACGUUGAAGCUUGUUUACAACGCUCUAGUUCAGCCUCAUUUCAGCUACUGUUGUUCAGUUUGGGAUAACUGUAAUAAAACUUAUGCUGAAAAGCUCCAAAAAUUACAAAAUCGUGCAGCCAGGGUUUUAACAUUCUCUAGCUAUGACACUAUUGCCGAUUCACUCUUUGAAAAGCUCAAUUGGAAAACACUUUCCUUUCAGCGUAAAGUUCAAAAGGCUGUAAUGGUCUAUAAAUCUCUUAAUGGUUUAGCUCCCGACUAUAUGCACUCCAUGUUUACUGAUCGUGAAAGUGUAACUUCAGUCCAAUUGCGUGACACUGAGAAUAAAUUAGCUGUUCCUAUGCCUCGCACAAACUAUUUGAAAAACAGCUUUAGUUAUAGUGGCGCUGUGCUGUGGAACAGUCUUCCAAUCGGGUUACGGCAAGCACAGUCCCUUGACAAUUUUCGAGCGGGCUGUAGAAGUCUUUUAUAAAUUUUAAUGGCUAUUUUUAAUACACGGCCCUCAUGGAAAGCAGGUAUAGAGAUAACUUUGUAACCACCGUAUAGUUUUUGUUGCAUGCCCAUAUAUGGCAUGCAACUAUCAUAUAGCUUAAAAUUUCGUGUCCGUUGGUGGUGAAACUUGCGGCAGAUCACGUGGGACGAGCAUAAUAACAAUAAGCAUAAUUAUAAAUUUUGAAUCGUGUGCACGUUUUCUUCCAUGGUUUUCGUCGAGCAAAUGCAAAGAUUCGCAGAAAAUUUACAUAAUCGAGCGCCUUAGAAAAAUACAUCGAGGUAGGUAAAGCUUUGCUGUUUUAUAUUUACUUUAUAUUCUGUUAUUUUGUUGUGAUUUUGGAGCCGCUGUGCUCGCACUGAUUAUUUAUCAGGCGUAAUAUAGCGUGAAAGGCCAUGCAUGCACGCUAUCAAAAUACUAAAUUUAAAUAUAAUACUCAAACUGAAGUGGAGUUAUUGUGCUCGCAUUGAUUAUAUUGUGUGCAAAACUUCAAAACUACUGUAAAUUUUGUAAAUAACAUGAAAUAUAUUAAAAAUAACAAACAAAAUUCUCAUUAAUACUAUUGAAAUUACAACGAAAUAGCAUUCUACGUCGAUAAUUUCAAUCGUAGUCUAACAAUUAUUUUCAAUCUGUAGUAAUUCACCGUUUCCAUGUUUUUUUUUUAUACUUUCAAUAAGGCUACAAUAAAGCUAAAUUUGUAGGAAAUAACAUUAUUUAGUUAUAAAAUAGUAAAGGAAAUCUAACAGUCAAUAGCUUUCGAUAAAACCUUGACCUUGUUUAUAUUACCGUCGCCUGCAACUAACGAUGAACAGUUGCUCAUAAAAACAUUGCCUUUUCGCGUGAUAAUCUAAAGUUUUCUUAUUUUGACAUAAUAGCCAAUUUUCAAUAAAUAUAUUGAUAUUAAACUUAUUGAAUCAAUAUAUUAAGUUUCAGGCCAGUUGUACCAAACGUUAUAAGCGCUAGCGCAUCAUAACCAGGGGGGCGACCUCUUGGGGGGGGGACUGCUUCUGUUUACGGUACUUGCUGAGUGACGAAUCAUCAAUCAUGACGAAUAGUGCUUACGCAAAAAGAACAAUGGAAAUCGACUUCUGUAUAGUAUUCUGUGUCAUAACGUUUCAUGGUUUUGAUUAGCCUGAAAACAGACCUACGUUUCGCCCACCCUAAAAUCUGCGGGUUGACGGAUCCGUAGACUUGCUCCAAGUCUCUCUUUCAUUGUCAUAUCGAUCCACUAUGGUGUACAUUACAUGACGUAGCACUGAGAGGCGGAGCGAGAAAGAGAGACUUGUCAACUUCGGAAAAUCUCGGUUCAAAACUGAACCGAAAAUGCAAGACUUGGUUUAAUUGUUUUCUGUCAGUGUUUAUAUGUAUUGAUCUAGCACAGUGUAAAUAACAUGAGUUCCAUUAUAGUAAAUAAUACAGAAAGAAAUUGAAGGAAAACAAUUAAAGCAAGUCUUGCAUUUUCUGUUCAGUUUUCAACCGAGAUUUUCGGAAGUUGACAAGUCUCUCCUCGCUCCACCCCUCCGUAGUACGUCAUGUAAUGUACACUAUAGUGGAUUGCUACUAUAUGACAAUGAAAGAGAGACUUGGAGCAAGUCUAACAGCUCCGUCAACCUGCGAAUUUUAGGGCGGGCGGAAUGUAGGUCUGUUUUCACCAUAGAUAUAGGAGAUCUAGAUUGCGAGUUAACGCAUACCUAGCGCAGGCGGGGCCUACAUGAUAAAUCCAAGAUGGCGGUACAACAGGGCAAAAAUACUAUAGAUUCUAUUACGAAAAUCAGGAUUUUUGCAUUUUUUGCCGUCGCAUUGUUUCGAAACUUAUUCGGUCAAAUUUUAUGGUAAAGAGAAACUUACCGCGAAGAUUUUGAGCAUAUAUAUGAUUGAAUUGGAUGAAAAAUCGCAAAAUUAUCCAGCGAUAAAAGUUUGUGUGAAAUGGUCAGUUGGUCAGUUGGAGCGUUUUAUUGCCAGAAAUACUGUGCUAUGUUAACAUCUAGCCUUGUGAAUGGUGUUUUAUACUUGCAUCUCUCAUCAUCAUUUUUAAGUACUGAUAUAGUACUAUAUAUGUAACUUGUACAGUUUUGCUUUAAUUUUUGCUCACUAUUUGCAUAAAAAGCAAAUUAUAACAGACCAUAGAUGAUAGACCCUCAUCCAGUGCUCUCAUCAGUUUACUUCUCUAACAAGCAAGGAGGGGGGGGGUACAUAACAGUUCAUUUUUCAUAAUUAUGAGGACAGAGCAGAUGAUGAUGAGAGAUGCAAGUAUAAAACACCAUUCACAAGGCUAGAUGUUAACAUAGCACAGUAUUUCUGGCAAUAAAACGCUCCAAGUGACCAACAGUAUACUGACCAUUUCACACGAACUUUUAUCGCUGGAUAAUUUUGCGAUUUUUCAUCCAAUUCAAUCAUAUAUAUGCUCAAAAUCCUCGCGGUGAGUUUCUCUUUACCAUAAAAUUUGACCGAAUAAGUUUCGAAACAAUGCGACGGCAAAAAAUGCAAAAAUCCUGAUUUUCAUAAUAGAAUCUAUAGUCUUUUUGCCCUGUUGUAUCGCUAUCUUGGAUUUAUCAUGUAGGCCCGCCUGCGCUAGGUAUGCGUUAGCAAUCUAGAUCUCCUAUAUCUAUGGUUUUCACGCUAGCUUUUGAUGGCAUGCAACAUGUACGCACUGCGUACCUAUUUUUGUUUAGUCGUAGAACCAAACGGUUCUAAACGUAAUAGAGUAAUAGUAAAGGUACAAGUAAAAGUAAACGUAAAAUUUGAUAAUUUUACGUAAGAUUUGUAUAAUGUGACGUUUGUUUCAAAUAUAUGAUAAUUUUAUUCAACAUCAGGUGCUAUAGUCGGACUAUAGUAACAGUUUAGAACCAUAUUUCUACGAGUUUGGAUCGCUAUUUGGACUAGUCUAUUUGGAGUGUACAUUUGUGGCAAGGACAAGUUUAUUGGAUUGUAUUUCUGGAAAGUUUAAGUGUAUAUUGAUCGUCAGAGUCGGAGAAUUUGAAUUAUACGGUAUCUUCUCGUUAGGAACGGGUUAGUUUGAGUAUAUUUUCUCGACAAAGACGGUGUAUUUCAAGUAUAUUUAUAUCGUCAGGGACGGUGCAUUUGAACUGUGUUUUCUCGUUAGGAACGGGUUAUUUUGAAUUAUAUUUCACUUCAAGAUCUGGUUUAUUUAAAAGUAUAUUUAUAUCGUCAGGGACGGUGCAUUUGAACUGUGUUUUCUCGUUAGGAACGGGUUAUUUUGGAUUAUAUUUCACUUCAAGAUCUGGUUUAUUUAAAAGUAUAUUUAUAUAUCGUCAGGGACGGUGCAUUUGAACUGUGUUUUCUCGUUAGGAACGGGUUAUUUUGGAUUAUAUUUCACUUCAAGAUCUGGUUUAUUUAAAAGUAUAUUUAUAUCGUCAGGGACGGUGCAUUUGAACUGUAUUUUCUCGUUAGGAACGGGUUAUUUUGGAUUAUAUUUCACUUCAAGAUCUGCUUUAUUUAAAAGUAUAUUUAUAUCGUCAGGGACGGUGCAUUUGAACUGUAUUUUCUCGUUAGGAACGGGUUAUUUUGGACUAUAUUUCACUUUCAAGAUCUGGUUUAUAUUCAAGUAUAUUUUAUCGUCAGGGACGGUGCCUUGGAACUAUAUUUAUUGUUAGAAACGGUUAUAUCUGACUAUAUUUACUCAAGAUCUGGUUAUUGUAAAGUAUAUUUAUCAUCAAAGACGUAUAUCUUCUCGUUAGGAACGAGUAUUUGGAUUAAAUUUCACCUGAAGUUCUAUAUUUCACUUGAAGGAUAAUUUAUAUCGCCUGGGACAGUGUACUUGUAUUAUACAGGGUAUUCUUGUUUGAACAGAAUAUUGGAGUAUAGAUAUUGUCGAGGACGGUGAGUUUGGACUAUAUUUAUUGUCAGGGAACAUAAGUUGUUAAUUUUAUUCAGGAACAUAUAUCGUCUGGGUACAUUUGUGUUAUAACUUUAUAACUCAUACUGCAUGAUCAACAGUAAUGUCUGUGCGAUCGUGUCCAACAGCACUUCAGAAGGAACCAACUGAGGUUAACCCAGCCAGGUCCGAGCCUCGACAAGAAUGCCUUGAAGGUACAUGGAGAGGUGUACGGUUAGAAAAAGAAGAAAUGGAAAAGGAGAAAAUAAAUGCCUUGUUUAAGACUCGUAUACAUUUAAUGAACACCCUCACAGAGACGAAAGGAUGGAUACAGGAGGCAAUUUAUGCUGGUGAACCAGUGGAUAAUAUCAAGACAAAGAAAGAGCAUUACGAUGAAUGUUGGAGAGAAUUUGUCAGCAAACACGAACAAUACAUGGAGUUACUCGUGAGCAAAGAGGAAAAGGAUAUUGCAAGUCGAAGUUAUAAAGAACUGAUGACCAAAAAAAUGCAUUUGGAUGAAAUGGUGAUGUCUUUACGAAGGAGACUAAUGCUAGGGUCAAAACAAAAGGGAGAAGAUGCUAGUUCAUUCUCGGGAAAAUCAAGACGAAGUUUGGCAAGUAAGUCAAGUCACAGUUCAAAAUUUUCAACUGUGUCAAAAAGGAAAGAACAGUUAGCGCUCGCUCAGUUGAAGAGAAGCCAACUACUGAAACAGCACGAACUCGAACGAAGAAUGACAGAGUUGAAUUUCGAGAAAGAAUAUAUGGAAGCCCGAAUGGAAGAGGAACGAGCAAUCGUAAGUUUGAAUGUUUAUGAGAAUGAAUCAGAUAACAAUUCUGAGCAUGAAAAUGUUAACAAAAACACACUCUCAAUGAAUCAACAAGGGCAAGGACUAUCACCCCUUUCACAACCAUAUGUACCACAAGAGCAAAUAGUACAAGGGACUAAUAUAUCUUCACCCCAAGUUUCUAAGGUAUAUUCACCCGAAAGGCAUGCUGAACAGUACAAUGUGCCAUUGCAACUGACACAGACAUACCCUCAACAAGAACAACCGGUACAGUCAAUUAAUAUCCCUUCACGACAAGUUUCUGAAACAUAUUCACCCAAAAGGCAAGUCGAGCAGUGUAAUAUGCCAUUGGAACCCACCCAGACGUAUAUUCAGCACGAACAACCCCUACAGUCACCUAAUAUACCUUUAUCGCAGAUUCCUAGAACAUAUUUACCCGAAGGGAAAGUCCAACAACCCGCAGUUAAAGAGAUAGAUACAGGGGAAGAGAUGGUGAGAGCACUGCGACAAGUCGUGUCUAUGCCAAAAAUUAAGUACAUGCACUUUGAUGGUGAUGCAAUAAAUUAUGCUUCUUUCAUGCAUAAUUUUGAAACAUGCCUAGAAAAGGACAACCCUGAUAAUUCCACUC